GGCGCUGCUCUCCGCAGCAAAAUGGUAGCCUCUGGUAGGUUGGGAGGAAGCUGUCUUCCUGCUUAUUGAUAUAAUUUAUUUGAAGAGCCAUCAGUGAGGCUGUUGCUUCAUGUUGGUAAGCUGGGUGGUUCAUGUCAGACUCUACGCUCACCGCACACUGACCGGGGCCCGGACUGCAGCAAGGAGGGUUGUUCAGCCAGAAUCUUCGUUCCAUAUUUUUGCAGGGCAACGCUCUGCGAUGGAAACGGGAAAUGAGUCACUGGCAGAUCCGCAGCUGACGCAACAAAGUAAUCGUGAUGAUCAGCUCCAAAAAGCAAACCUUUUGAACGCUAUGCCAGACACUUUGCCUGAUUGUGAAACUUCUCCAAGUAUUCAAAAUGGAGAAACUGUUAUAAAUGAAGGGAAAGCGGAAAUCGUUUUUCCCAAUGCAAAUGAAGUAUUUUACAAUCCUGUUCAAGAGUUCAAUCGUGAUCUGACGUGUGCUGUCAUCACGGAGUUUGCUCGUCAGAAGCUCCUGGCCAAGGGUAUUCAAGCAUUGGUCCCCGGAGAGCGCGACAGACCCAAGUUGGUCGUAAGUCUGGCCGAAAGCAAGACUGCUGAGCAGGGAGGUGCUCCAGUGAUUAAGAAGACAGCCAGUGUUGGGGAGAAAUGUGAGGAUGGGAUCCGUAUAUUGGAAGGGUUGGCAGCGUCCGGGCUCCGCUCGAUUCGCUUCGCCAAGGAAGUCCCUGGAAUUCACAGCAUUGUCGCAAAUGAUUUCUCCUCGAAAGCAGUGGAGCUAAUGCAGAGGAACAUUGAACUCAAUGGAGUGGGGCACAUGGUAACUGCAAGCUUGGCAGAUGCAAGCAUGCUCCUGUAUGAGUCCAAAAGGAGACGGGACUGGUUUGAUGUGAUUGACCUGGAUCCCUACGGAAGUCCAUCGCAGUUCAUUGAUGCGGCUGUCCAAGCAGUGAGUGAAGGAGGGCUCCUUUGUGUCACGUGUACGGAUAUGGCAGUGAUGGCUGGCAACAGCGGAGAGACAUGUUACAGCAAGUAUGGAGCCAUGUCGCUGAAAUCCAAAUUUUGCCAUGAAAUGGCUCUGCGUAUCAUCCUGCACGCAUUGGACCUGAGAGCAAACUGCUACCAGCGAUAUAUCGUCCCUCUCCUCUCCAUUAGCGCCGACUUCUACAUCCGAGUGUUUGUCCAGGUGUUCACGGGGCAAGCUGUGGUUAAAGCUUCUGCCAGUAAGCAGGCCUUGGUGUACAACUGCGUAGGGUGUGGCUCUUUCCACAUUCAGAGGAUGGGCAAGAUGAUUCAGAAUGGCAAAAAUUACAAGUACUCAGCAAGUUCUGGCCCACCAGUAGGAGGAGAGUGUGAGUACUGCAGCCAGAGGCACCAGCUUGGUGGUCCAGUCUGGGCUGAGCAGAUUCACGACCAGGAUUUCAUCAAGAAGGUCCUUGAGUCGGUGGAACAAAGCCCACAGCGGUUCAAGACUUCAGACAGGAUAUUGGGCAUGCUGAGCAUGAUCACAGAGGAGUUACAAGAUUGCCCGCUAUACCACACAAUGGACCAUCUGAGCAGUGUUAUCCACUGUAAUACCCCAUCUCUUCUGCAGAUGAGGUCAGCCUUGCUUCACGCUGGUUAUCGGGUAUCGCUCUCGCACGCUUGUAAAAAUGCAGUUAAAACUGAUGCACCGCAUUCAGUGAUCUGGGAUAUCAUGAGGAGCUGGGCAAAGAUCCACCCAGUGAAGCGUGAGAAACUAUCUGAGACCAGUCCUGCCUUCCGGAUCCUCAGCAAAGAGCCUGUUCUGCAGGCUUGCUUCGACAUCCGGGAAGAUGCCAAUCCAAAAUCUAGGAAACGAGGGCUGAAACGUUUCCAGGAAAAUCCAGAAGCCAACUGGGGGCCCAAGGCCAGGGCCAAGGCCGGGGGAGGAGUCCAUCCCUGUCUAGAAGAGAAAAGGAAACGGCUACAGAAUAAACGGAAACAGCGGAAUGAGGAUCUGGAGCAUGGGAAGCAAGUCCCCUGCAAGAAGUUCAGAGAGGGUAUCUGCACAUAUGGACAGGAAUGUUGUUACUCACAUCAGCAGAAGAGCGAGGCAGUGGAGAAUAUUCCAAGUCAAAGUUCUCCGAAGAUUGAGACAGUGGAGAACACGUUGAGUGAAAGCUCUCCGAUCUCAUCCUAAGAUGUACUGUUGUCAUUUAUCACGACGACUGACUCUGUACUGUAAGUGGUGCAGAGUCUGUAAAUGGAAUGUAAAGUUCAAGAUUCUACGUGUAAUGCUUCAAUUUUAUUUUUAAUUAAACUGCAUUUUUUAAAUAAA